GACCCUUCAAGGCAUACAAAAAAAUAGCGAGGCUUGGCGACCAGAAAUUUCUCUAAUUUAAUCUCUUUACUGUGUAUUUUAAGUCAAAUCACUGUUCGCGUUUCUUUGCUGAAAUGUGUCACGUGAUAACAGUUUCUUUUCACAGCGCUAGUCAGUCUGGACCAAUAACAGUGAUCUGCAAUCGCUAGAGAUCACGUGCUCGUUGCUUUUACAGAGAUUGAUGCGCACUUACCGUUUCGUUUAUGUCUUGUAUUAUUAACUGGAAUUAAUAAACUUAAAUGAAUAUACGUUUUAAAUGUGAUGAUGUUUUCACUGAGACAAAAAACCGUCCGAAAAUUGGCUUUUGAGCCACCGCGCGCCCCCUGGAGGAACCAGUCUUUCAGUGUAAUCACAAACAGACAGUCACAGACAGAAGCGCUUGCUGACCAGUGAGUGAUACGGAAGUCUGUUUUCAGGUGUGAAAUAUGGAGUGUAAGCUGGCUGAGUUCAGAGCACGCAAGAAAGCCCAGAAACCUGCUGAUCGUGUGAUCCAGAGAGAAACGAAAGCAUUAAGCGAUGGUUCUCCAGCAGUGUGUCCUGACACCCCAGAACAGAAGCCCAACACCUGCCCUCAGAGUCCACACACUCAGGAUCACAGUCAUUAUUUGUUGAAUACUACAUGUGUUCGUUGGCUUCAGCGAGUGGCCCUCGCCCAUCUGACCCUGAUUAAAGUGCUGCUGUGGCUCGUGCUGCUGGGGCUUUUUUCAGAACUUGAGUUCGGCCUGCCAUUUUUUAUUAUAUCGUUAUUCUACUGGCUCUAUGAGGGCCUUCGAAGCCCAAAAGCCCGACAACCUGGAGAAAUGAGUGCGUACUCCGUGUUUAAUCCAGACUGUCAGCCCAUCCUGGGAACUUUAACAGCCGAACAGCUGGAAGGAGAGAUGGGAUACAGGCCAGUGGCCAACGGGUGAACGUGUGUGUGGAAUGUAGAUCUGUGAAGUGCACUUGGAAAACUUGUUUGCAUUAUAUUAAUGUGUCUUAGUAAUGAUCAGUUUACCUGUAUUCACAUGAAACAAAAUUCUUUAUUUUGUUGAUAUAAAGAUGUACACCUCCUUCUGAGUUUGAAUAAAUCAUUUACAGUUUAAUCUAUCCAACAAAUAAAGAUAUGUCACAUAUUUUUAGUCAACACUCUUAUCCAAAUUAAUUCAUGGACUGGACUUCCUCGAGGAAGGAUUCUCGGAUUCAAAAAACAUACUUUACUAAUUAAAGUUCAGAGAUAAGACAAAGGUCCUCAUGUUGCUCCCAGUUAGCUGGACUAUCACUAAAACUUUGUACUGUAAUCAACUGAAUCCCUCUUUCUGUAAACAUUGCAUUUAUUGAAAUUAUUUUCUAUUAAAGGAUUGACGGUUGCAUGUGA